AUGCCUCCGACGUCCUCCCUCUUCCAGUUCGGCUUCACCCGCCCUGGAGGUGAGACGGUGGGGCGACGGGACGAGGGAUGCGACUUGGACAAGACGAGGCAACUGCAAGCAGUGCCGGUUCGGCACCACGCGAGAGGAUUCUCCGCUCCGAGCAGUGGUCUGCCGAGUUGCUGGAGCCGCAGGUCACAACGAGGUGAGACGGCACCCGGGACGGGACGAGUGAUGCGACUUGGACGAACGAGACGAGUGAGGCCACUGCGAGGAUUCUCCGCGGCAGUUCGCAGCGACUCGGCAAGGUCUGAAGACACUGAAGCCGACAAGGGAUCCACGGAUCUGGGAGCUGUGAGGUCACUGGAACCUGCGGCCUCUCGGCAGGGACAGGCGUCCGUCCUUGGAGAUUCAAAGGGCACCGACGACCCGCGCGCUUCCGCGGCGGCGGAAGUGACAGCGGUCGUGUCUCCGACGGUGGUCACCUACAACGCCCUCCUCAAGGGCUUGGCGAAGGCCUCCUUGCCCUCAGCAGCACGCCAGCUGUUGCAGGAACUCCCCUCUCGCCGGCUGGAGCCGACAGCCAUCAGCUUCAACACCUGCUUGGACGCCUGUGGCCAGGCGGGCGAUGUGAAGGCAGCCAGAGAGGUGCUGCAGGAGAUGUCGUCCAGUGAGCUGAAGCUGGAUGUGGUCAGCUUCAACGCGGCCUUGAACGCCUGCGCCUCCGCCGGAGAGGCGGGGGCGGUGGAGGGGUUCACGGAGAUGAUGGCUGAGAGGAGUGUGGUGCCCAAUUUGGUGACCUACAACACCUUGUUGAAGCUCUACGCUUCGCUGGGCGACAGCUCCAAGGCCUUACGGCUCUUGGAGGACCCGGUGACCGUGACGGUAUCGUUUCGUGCGACGGGGCGCACCGAGGCAACAGCUCGCUUCGCCGUUGAACCGCCGUUGGGCUCGAGCCGAGCCUCCGAAAGCGCCGAGCUGGUGAUCGACGUUGACGUCGAUCACCUCUGUCCUGUCGAAGGUUACACGGUGCUCCGACCGUUGGGUCGAGGGAAGUUCUCACAAGUCAGCGAGGUCCAGCACAAGGGGAGCUCCAAACGCUUUGCCUGGAAACACGUGCAGCGCGAGCAGAACCCCCUUUGCGAGGUCGAGGUGGAGUUAUUACGCCGCAUGCAGCAUGAGCACAUCAUUGGCAUCUACGACGUCUACUCCAGCUUCGGUGUCCUCGAUAUCAUGUUGGAGCUUUGUGCCGGCUCAGGACAUAUUUGA